AUGCGUCCCGGCCUCUCCUUGGCCACGGCCUCGCCCAGCCCCAGACGUUUCGCACCUCUGAAGGAGAGCGUGGCCGGCGGCGACAAGCUCCCAAGGCUACGCGGCGUCGUCUUCGACAUGGACGGGACUUUGUGCGAGCCUCAGACGUACAUGUUCGCCGAGAUGAGAGCCGCCCUCGGCAUCGUCAAAGCAGUCGACAUCCUUCAGCACAUCGACGGCCUCCCCCCGCAUGAGCAGCCCGCCGCCGCCGAAGCCAUCCGCGCCAUUGAGCGCCGCGCCAUGGAGCUUCAAGUCCCCCAGCCGGGCGUCACGGCCCUCAUGUCCUACCUCGACGCCCGCAGCGUCCCCAAGGCCAUCUGCACUCGCAACUUCGACGUGCCCGUCCACAAUCUUCUCACGAGGUUCCUUGCCGGCUCCGUCUUCAGCCCCGUCGUCACCCGCGCCUUCCGCCCGCCAAAGCCAGACCCUGCCGGUAUAUUGCACUGCGGCACACUGGGGGCUCGUCGAUGA